UUGCUCUGAAAUAAUACAUAAAACUUUCCCGAAAAAAGAGGCUGGACCUUAGGACUUGGGGGAGGAGAAGAAGAAGAAGGAUUAAUAAAACAGGAGGGGAAAGGCGAACUGCAAACACAAAUAGAGGCGCUGCAGUCAAAUACAUGCCUUUUUUAUUUUACUAUCAAAAAGUAUUUUUCAGCACCCAUUCCCUUACAGCUAAACAAGCCCCGCUUUUUUAUUUUUAUUUUUUGUAAAAGCCAAGCACACCUACAACGACAAGAGAACGACCCAGCAACAAGUUUAACUAAGCUGAAGUAAUACUGUACCGGGAGUUCCAACAAGACUGGGAAACAGCUCGGAUUGCGCUAGGGAAACGGCGUUUUCGCUUUGUUCAUCUUUAAACGCGCUUUUGUUGUUUUGUUUGCUGUAAAAGAGGGGCACCCUCGCCGUUACAUUUUAGUUUUGUCCCGGAUAAAAACAACAGCAAAAAAAAAAAAAUAAUAAUUAAAAAAUAAAAAAUAAAACAUUUUUUAAAUGCAAAACUACAAGUACGACAAAGCAAUGGCCCCAGAGACCAGAAACGGUGGAAAUCCGACCUUAAAUAACAGCAGUAACGGGAAAGACAACAGCAAGAAGGGCAUGCUGGUCUGCCUUGAUCUCUUCUGCUUGAUUCUGGCUGGCCUUCCCUUCCUGAUAAUUGAAACUAGCACUAUCAAGCCAUACCAGCGGGGGUUUUACUGCAACGAUGAAUCAAUCCGGUACCCCUACAAAAACGGAGACACCAUAAGCGAUGGAGUGCUUUCUGCGGCUGGCAUUCUUAUUGCCAUGCUUUCUAUAAUCAUUGGGGAAUGUUACCGGAUUUACUACCUGAAUAAGAGCUCAAGGUCAUUCAUUAGCAACCUCUACGUUUCCACCCUCUACAAGCAAGUUGGGGUCUUCAUCUUCGGCUGUGCCAUCAGCCAGUCCUUCACCGACAUUGCCAAAGUGUCGGUUGGCCGCAUGCGCCCUCACUUCCUGGCAGUGUGCAAGCCAGACUUCACCACAAUCAACUGCUCACUGGGCUACAUUGAGAACUACAACUGUUUGGGCGAUGAGAGCAAAAUACAGGAAGCAAGGAAAUCCUUCUUCUCCGGCCACGCGUCAUUCUCCAUGUACACCAUGCUGUAUCUCACAUUCUACCUGCAGUCCCGGUUCACUUGGCGAGGAGCCCGUCUGCUCCGUCCACUGCUCCAGUUCACCCUCAUCAUGAUGGCGUUCUACACAGGCCUGUCCCGCGUCUCAGACCACAAGCACCACCCCACUGACAUACUGGCAGGGUUUGCACAGGGGGCCCUGGUGGCAUACUGCAUAGUGUUUUAUGUGUCUGACCUCUUCAAGCCUAAAACGAAGACGACGACUCCACCACCGCCACCCAUUAAAAAGGAGAUCCUUCCUUGUGCAGACAUGAUUGAGCGCAACAACCACCACAACAUGGUGUGAGAGAGCCUGGGGGGGGACAAUCGAGGGACCUGGUGAACAGCAAGUGCCUGCUGCACUCGAACCUUAUCUGACAGUAGAAUGUAGGGAAGAGAAACUUUUAACCCACAAUUCAA